UUCUUGAAUUGAAUCCCAACCAUCCGUGGUAAUUCCAGCUCAUUUGAAGAGUAGGGGGCAAAAGCUGUUUUUUGGUGGUUUCAUCAACCUGUGACAAUCUGUAGUAAGCGACUUCUACACUACAGAGCGACUUAUGUAAGUCUCGCUGCAAAUUAAAGGAGUGCAAAUAUAUGGUUAUGGGUGAGAGCAAGGAGGAGAAGUAUCUCGAGCGCUUGACGCGCGCUUUUCUAAGCCUUGAUGCCGAGAAACAUGUCAAUACAAAGGAGUUCAAUGAGGCUGUGGACGCAAUUUUGCCGGUGUUCGAUUAUUUGGGGACCGUAUUCUCGUUUGCAAAGGGAGAGAUGAACACCAAGAGAGAAUCCCUGGUGAAGGUACAGAGCAAGCUGCCAACUUUGACUGAGGUUGUGGAGCAAGACAAGAAGACCAACACCGUGACCAAGAAGAACAGCUGCGCGCGCAACCUGCACCGGCUGCUCUCAGCGGUCUCCUUUGUCGCCAACCUGCUGCAGAAUCUGGCCAAGGGCCCUGCCGUCACACUGCACCAGGCGGCCAGUGAUGCGUACGACGCCACGCUAGCGCCGGUGCACACCUACUUUGUGAGGAUGGCCGUGAAGACCUCCAUGUACCUGCUGCCUGACCGCGCAACCUUCAUCGCCAGCAUCGGCGAGACAGAGGCAACGGCUAAGGAGCAUGGUGCCAAGUUUGUGCCGGCAGUUGAAGAGCUGUUGGUCAAGGUUCUGGCGCUGUAUGAAGGCACUCAGAUGCCCUCAUCGGACGUCAGAUUCCUGCCAUCCUCGUCUUGAGGCAACUGGCUGUCUGAACAUAAAGGCACUGCGGCUAGAUACAUCACGCCAGCACUGUACAUCUCACGACCAUUCGGAAGAUUGAAGAUUGGGCUAUGCAGCUACCGAAUGUCUCGUGCGCAUUCGGCAGAACUGGAUCACUGAAUCAAAGAGGUGCAUGGCAGCACUGACUUUCACUUGAGCACGCGCCCGUGCUGCGAGACUGAUGCCUUAGUCAGUAGCGAAUUACUUGUUGGCUUCUCUACGGACUAGGGAUGCUUCACAUUUGGAGCAGAUAAGAAGUAUGCAUCUUGCUGCAAUAUAGCUGUGAGAGGAAAUACCAGUCUCACAGCCUUAUCAAAUGAUCAGGCAGUGUACUGGAAAGUGAUUAUCAGCCUAAGUUUGAAAAUUCAUUGUAAAAUACCAUAGGCAGG